CUGACGUAAGGACAUUACAAGGAAAGGGCUACAUUUCGGAGUGUUUAUGAAAAGCCUCGGUACUGUACUGUCACCAGGGGGCAUGCAAUAGAAUGCAUUUCGUCCAACAUUUGGAAUAAUGAUCAUUUAGCAACCACAACUACCACCACCAACACCACCAAAAAAAAAAAAAUCGAGAGAGGGGGGGAAAAAGAGGGAGAGAGAGAGCUUCCAGUGCGCUUUGGAGUCCGCGCCAGACAGAGGAGCCAUGCAGCCAAACUUUCGGGAACCCUUGGUUAUUUUUCCUGACAUUGCAAGCUCGCCCUUGAGGAUCGCUUCUUGAAAUCUCCGGGUUUUGUUUUGGCUUUUCUCUCGCCCCGAUCCUCGGCGACCUCUCCCGCCGUCUCUAGGCCUGGCGGAUCGGCUUCCCUUCGGCAACGGAGGAGAGGAUCAGGAGAGGAUCUACCUUAGCGGCGAGGAAGCUGCAGCGAGACGCCCUGCCUGCCUGCCUGCCCGCCCGCCUGCUCUGCCUGGGCUCUGCCUGCCUCUCUCUCUCUCUCCCUCCUCUCUCUCGCAUACGCGCACGCAGAGCUCGCUUGCCUUGGGAGUCCAGUGUUGUUUUGAAGGGAGCUAACAUGGCGACGGUGCCCGUCUAUUGCAUCUGUAGGCUGCCCUACGACGUAACCCGCUUCAUGAUCGAGUGCGACGCCUGCAAGGACUGGUUUCACGGCAGUUGUGUUGGCGUAGAAGAAGAUGAGGCUCCAGAUAUUGAUAUCUACCACUGUCCAAAUUGUGAGAAAACCCAUGGAAAGUCUACUUUGAAAAAGAAAAGAAAUUGGCACAAACAUGACACUGGUCAAACUACAGAAGUCAAACCUGUUCAGAAUGGGAGUCAGGUAUUCAUCAAGGAACUUCGAAGUCGAACAUUCCCCAGUGCUGAAGACGUGGUAAUAAAACUGACUGGAAGCCAACUAACAGUUGAAUAUUUGGAAGAAAAUGGAUUCACAGAGCCUAUCCUCAUCCCAAAGAAGGACGGCUUGGGCUUAUCUGUACCUGCACCGACGUUUUAUGUUAGUGAUGUUGAAAACUAUGUUGGACCAGAAAGGAGUGUUGAUGUCACCGAUGUCACCAAACAGAAGGACUGCAAGAUGAAGCUAAAGGAAUUUGUCGAUUACUAUUACAGCACUAACAGAAAAAGAGUCCUCAAUGUAAUUAACUUGGAAUUUUCAGAUACAAGAAUGUCCAGUUUUGUGGAGUCUCCUGAUAUAGUGAAGAAACUUUCUUGGGCGGAAAAUUAUUGGCCUGAUGAUGCUUUGCUGGCAAAACCAAAAGUGACCAAAUACUGCCUGAUCUGCGUGAAAGACAGCUACACAGAUUUUCACAUAGACUCCGGUGGCGCUUCUGCCUGGUACCAUGUCCUGAAAGGAGAAAAAAUAUUUUAUCUCAUCAAGCCAACCUCUGCAAACAUUUCCCUCUAUGAACGGUGGCAGUCAGCGGCAAAUAAUAGCGAAAUGUUUUUCGCCGACCAAGUGGAUAAAUGCUACAAAUGCACAGUUAAACAAGGACAAACACUUUUUAUCCCAUCAGGAUGGAUUUAUGCAACUUUAACUCCUGUUGACUGCUUAGCCUUCGCAGGGCAUUUUCUACAUAGCCUAAGUGUAGAGAUGCAGAUGAGAGCAUAUGAAGUUGAAAGACGAUUAAAAAUUGUCAGCUUAACCCAGUUUCCUAACUUUGAAACGGCAUGUUGGUACACAGGAAGACACCUGCUAGAGUCAUUUAAAGGAUUGCACAAAGCUGGGAAGCAGCCUCCUUCGCAUUUAGUCCAGGGAGCAAAGAUCCUCAAUGGCGCAUUCCGGUCAUGGACUAAAAAGCAGGCAUUAAUAGACCAUGAAGAUGAACUCCCAGAACAUUUUAAACCCGCACAACUUAUUAAGGAUCUUGCCAAAGAAAUAAGAUUAAGUGAGAACGCCUUGAAAGUCAACAAACCUGAAGUGGGUGCCAAUGUGAAUGUCGAAGAGGUCAGCCCUGUGGAGAAAGAAGAAAUCCCAUCACCGGCACCACGGACGCCUCCACCGCCUCCACCACCGCCAUCGCCACCGUCGCCACCGCCACCAGUUGAAAAAGUCCCUAAGAAAAAGGCCCAAAAAGCAACAAAAACACCCAAGCCACCCAAACUAGCCAAACCACCCAAACCCCCUAAGCCACCCAAGCCGCCCAAACCCCCCAAGGCGCCAAAAGUAAAAGGGGAAGGGAAGAAAAAAGGCAAGAAAGCAAAGGAAGUGCCGCCCCCUGCAAUUCCGAACUUGGACCUUCUGGAGGCCCACACAAAAGAGGCCCUGACAAAGAUUGAAACACCAAAGAAGGGAAAGGCUGCCAAGAAUACUUUGAGUACCCCUGAGAAAGAACCAGUCGAGAAGCAAAAUGAGGUCGAAAAGUUUGAAAUCCGAGAACAAAAUAAGACCAAAACGGAAGCAAAAUGGAAAUAUAAGAAUAGCAAACCUGAUUCAUUACUGAAAAUGGAAGAAGAGCACAAACUGGAGAAGACACCGUUAUCAGGAAACAAGGACAAUAAAUUCAUGUUUUCUUUCUCCAACAAGAAACUGCUGGGCUCAAAGGGAGUGAAAACUCAGAUGAAUCCUGGUAUAUUUGGAUCAUUGCAAAAUUUCAAAGAAGAUAAAGCAAAACCUGUGAAAGAUGAAUAUGAAUAUGUCUCAGAUGAUGGAGAGUUGAAAAUUGACGAAUUUCCAAUUAGAAGAAAGAAAAACACCACCAAACGAGAUUUGCCCUUUUUAUCAGAUAAAAAGGAAACUGCACAACACACACCCGUUAAGAAGCCAAAGGUGGAAUCAGUAUUGUACAAGAGUGAUGACUCCUCAGAUGAAGACUCACUUCAUAUUGACACAGAUGCCAAGCCAGGGCGCAAUUCUAAAGUGAAGAAAGAGACUGGAAGCUCAGCAGGCAUUCUUGACCUAUUGCAGGCAAGCAAGGAAGUUGGGGGGUUAGAGUACAACACCAACAGUCAGCCACCUGCAUCUCCCAGCACACAGGAAGCGAUCCAAGGGAUGUUGUCGAUGGCAAACCUGCCUACAGAUUCCUGCCUACAGCCUUCGUGGGGCCCCAACCAAGCAAAGAAUAAUUCCACGUCCGCCCCAAACGCCAAAAAAACUGGAAGUAGCAACAACAAAAAUGCAGGGAAAAGGUUGCCGAAAAAGAGUGCAAAAAACAACAUUGACAUUGAAGAUUAUGACGAGGACCAGGAUCACUUAGACGCCUGUUUUAAAGAUUCUGAUUAUGUUUAUCCCUCCCUUGAAUCAGAUGAAGAUAAUCCAGUAUUCAAGUCUCGAUCAAAGAAAAGGAAAAGUUCUGAUGAUGCACCAUAUAGCCCAACAGCAAGGGUUGGUCCAUCGGUACCUCGGCAAGACAGACCUGUCCGAGAAGGUACAAGAGUUGCCUCUAUUGAAACAGGACUGGCGGCAGCAGCUGCUAAAUUAUCCCAGCAGGAGGAACAGAAGGGCAAGAAGAAAAAGAACACCAAAAAGAAACUGUCGCCCAACAACACAAACAAAAUCCCUCAGGAAAGCAGCUCUCCUGAACCCAAGCUGGAGUCCCACAGCAGUAGUUUAGCAGACCACGAGUAUACAGCUGGUGCAAGCACGUUUGGGGUGGCCCAAGUCAACCGAGGUUCUCAACCCAUGGCACCCGGAGUUUUCCUCACGCAACGGAGGCCCUCGUCAUCGUCACAGAAUAAUGCUGCCGCCAAAGGGAAACGUACGAAAAAAGGCAUGGCCACAGCUAAGCAAAGGCUUGGGAAGAUUUUGAAAAUUCAUCGGAACGGGAAACUUCUCCUCUAAAACUUAGCCCCAGCUGGGACUCUUAUCAAAGUUCAAAGUUCAGAAUGUCCUGAGCUGACACUAACUCUUCUUCAACUCUUGAAGGACCUUCAGUCGUAUUGUGCAACACCCGAGGGACAAUACCAGUUAACUUUUUGCCACCACUUUAAUAAAUUCUUUUUAACUUUCAGCAGUUAAACAUGUACAGAAUACUGCUAUAAAUAUUUUUUAAUAUAGAUGUCCUUUCUCAAAUUGCUGAGAGUGACUAGUUCGCAAAAAGUUAAUACUCCAAGAAACUGAGGAUCAUUCCAGUUUUAGGAAAGUAUCCCUUUAACUUGUUUAUAAGUGAAGAAAAAGUGGUUGUUUUUAACAGUAUGCACAUUAAUUUCAGUUAUGUUUCAUUUAUCCAGCUGCACCAAUUUUAGAGAGGUAUCUGGUUAAGUGGCAGGAGAUUAGAGUUUUGGUAAAUUCCACCUUUGCUCAAAUUAACUUACAGAGAGGGGGAAGAUAUUUUUGCCAUUACUGUGUGUGAUAUAAUACAUACAAGACCUAAUAUGCAUAAUGGAAUACUUAAUUUUCUUUACCUGGCUCAUGAUAAGUAUGUUUUCAUCAACGGAAGAACUAAAAUUGCACUUCAGCACUACUAAGAACUUUCCCUAUAACCGGGUAUAGGACAAAAAUGGAUGAAUUAAUUUAUUUUAUGUGCAAUGCUAGGUGACUGCCGGAACAAUCCGGAUCACAGGCCUGAUCCAAUUGGGUUAAUGAUUAGGGUGUGUAGACGCAAAAUGGGUUAAUGCAGUUCUUUGAAAAUCAGUGAUAGUUAUUCCAUUAAUUUCAGUUGGUGCUGGAUUACAAUCCUUCUCAUUGAUAGUUUUCCAUCCCUCCCACCAUUUUCUUAUCUGUAAGUUUUAUUUUUUUUAGCACCUCUUAGCAUACUGUCUGUCCUUAUUGUCUCUGCUUUCACCACCACAAGGCAAUGUGUGAUAGGAGUAGCCUUAUAAGACAAAGCAAAACACCUCAAUAAUAACAAAAACCAAUAUGUACAGCUGGGAGAUUGUUACAAAAUGAUGGAAUUGGCUCCUUAGCAAUAAGACCUGAAAAGAACGGUUGUGUCUGGAGAUAUUUUUUCACUCGCCGCUGUUCUUGCUAAGGCUUGUUUACAUGAUCGUAGAAACAGAGGGGUUGCAGUUUUGUUUCUUUCAAGAUAUUGCUAGGUCAGGGUUUCUGUUUAGAAAUUAUGGCCGUUGUUUACCAGAGCAGAGAAUUCCAUGUUCAGGGCUGACUCUCCAGUUAACCUUGUGACAAAGUUGCCACUUCUGUGUGUCUAGGCCCCCGUCUUGAGGUGCUGAUUCUUGAAAUUGAG